GAGCAGGGCAAAAUCUGCUGAAGUUUCUCUCACUUCUGAACAUUCAUUCAUGGAUUUGCACUUUCUAACGUCUUCACACAAGGACAAGUGUGACAUCAUAUACCUCUGUAAUCCUAUCCACACGUGUCUUGAUACAUCCACUCAUACAAGAAAAAGGAUUCAGUCUCUGGAUUAUGGUUCACCAGACUAAAUCAUAUGUGAGGUCCGAUGAGCUGGGUGACAUUUCAUUGUUGCCCAUUUCUUCUAAAAAUUUACCAAGGGUUUACAGCCACCCUUCUAUUCAUGAACAGCACAUGUUAAAAAGGAAAAUGGUCAAGAAGUCUCUUGUUGCUGGGCUGGUGGUCUUGCUUGUGGUUGCAUUGGGUUUUUUCCUGGGUUUGUAUUUGGGGAUUAGAAAUAAGAGACUCACUGUAUCUUUGGACCACUUCUACUUGAAAGCAGCCGUGGCAGCAGAUGCCGGGAAGUGCUCUGAGGUUGGGAGGGACAUCUUAAAGCGCAAUGGUUCAGCGGUUGAUGCUUCCAUUGCUGCUCUGUUGUGUGUUGGGCUGUUCAACGCACACAGCAUGGGCAUCGGAGGAGGGCUGUUCUUCACCAUAUACAAUUCUUCAACAGGAAAGGUGGAGACAAUUGAUGCCAGAGAAACCGCUCCAAUGAAUGCUUCACAGGACAUGUUUGGCAAUAACACCCAGCUGUCACGGAAAGGAGGGUUGUCCAUUGCCAUACCAGGGGAAAUCCGCGGUUAUGAAAUGGCACACAAAAGACAUGGGAGACUUCCAUGGAAGGACCUGUUUGAGCCCAGUAUAGAAUUGGCACGCAAUGGUUUUCCAAUUGGCAUGGCUUUGGCCAAUGCAAUUGCAAAAAACAAGGACUCAAUUCUGAGUGAUGUGAAGUUGUGUGAAGUGUUUUGUGACUCAGACAAAAACCUCCUGAAGGAAAAUGAUAUCAUUAAAUUUCCCAAACUUGCUGACACCUAUCAGAAGAUAGCAGAAGAAGGGCCAGAUGUUUUUUACAGCGGAUCUAUGGCCCAGAAUAUAGUGGAUGAUAUCCAGGCUGCAGGGGGGAUUAUAACACUUGAGGACCUAAAGGAAUACAAGCCUUUGUUGAAUGAGUCUCCACUGAAAUUAAGUGUGGGGGAGUACACCAUUUAUAUUUCUGAUGCUCCUUCCAGUGGACCUGUACUCGCUCUGAUUCUCAACAUAGUAGAUGGUUACAACUUCUCAGACAGCAGUGUGUCCACGGCAGAGAAGAAGACUUUGACAUAUCAUCGUAUUGUAGAGGCAUUUCGUUUUGCUUAUGCCAAGAGAAGUAAACUGGGAGACCCACGUUACCUCAACAUCACUGACCUCAUCCAAAACAUGACCUCAGACUACUUUGCAGACAAUAUUAGGAGUAAAAUCACAGAUGACACUACUCAUCCAGACAGCUACUACGAUCCUGAGUACUUUGUCCCUGAUAACCACGGCACGGCUCAUCUGUCAGUCAUCGCAGAGGAUGGGAGCGCGGUGGCAGCCACAAGCACCAUCAACCUUUAUUUUGGCUCAAAGGUGAUGUCACGCUCAACUGGCAUUAUCUUUAAUAACGAGAUGGAUGAUUUCAGCUCUCCUUACAUUACCAAUGGCUUUGGGGUUCCCCCUUCACCCAACAACUUCAUUAAGCCAGGUAAAAGACCUCUUUCGUCAAUGUGCCCCACGAUAAUAUUUGACAAACACCACAGAGUCAAAAUGGUAGUUGGGGCCUCAGGUGGGACGAAAAUCACCACUGCAACUGCUCUGGUGAUACUGAACUCACUGUUCUUUAACUAUGACUUGAAGAAAGCGGUUACAGAGCCUAGAGUCCACAACCAGCUCAACCCCAACAUGACAGUAGUGGAACAUAACUUUGAGCAGAGUGUUCUUGAUGGCUUGGCUCAGAAGAAUCACGUAACAGAGCUGGAGAGGACGAUAGGAGCAGUAGUCCAGGCCAUUGUGCGACAAGGGGACAAACUCUACGCCGAAUCCGACCCCAGGAAAGGUGGCUAUCCUGCGGGAUAUUGAACACCACUCCCUCUCCCUUUUUGAUUUUUGUGGACCUUCAGUCAUUGGUGACUCAAUCAAAUACCAAGAAAAUCGAGUAUACACAUUUUAAGGCAGUACACCACACAGUCCUAUGCACAAGGUUGCACAAAAACUCCCUGUUAACACUUCUUUUUGAUGGGAAAAUGCUUCAUUGGUAUCAACAGUGCCCGACUUUCAUACUGAAUGUUUAAUGAUAUUUCCAAGGUUGUUUAUUCAUCUUAUGUAUAGAGAAAGAGAAUAGAUUAUCAGUAUGUGGGGGUCCCUCGGUACCUUUUUCCAUUUUUUUUUUUUUUUUUUU